AUGGAUGAUGAUGAUGACUCGUGUCUCCUUGAUCUUAUUGGAGACCCACAAGCAUUGAACUAUUUUCUGCAUGGACCUAGUAAUAAAUCUAGCAAUGAUGACUUGACUAAUGCAGGAUACUCUGCAGCCAAUUCAAAUUCAAUUUUCGCCAACGCUAGUAAUGCUGAUCCUAAGUCAACCCUCAAAGCUGUGAGCAACCAGCUUGGAGAAGGGCCCAGUGAUGGACUGCCGCUUUCCAGUAGCCUUCAGUUUCUUGAAGAUGAACUUGAGUCUUCUCCCCUUCCUGAUCUCACGGAGGACCAACCUUUCGACAUCCUUCAGAAAUCCUUGCAGGAGGCCAAUAUCACCGAGCAGACGUUGGCAGAGGAGGCAUAUUUGGAUGCCAGUAUAAGUUCAAGCCAACAGUUUGCGCAAGCUCAGCUUCAUCCUUCUUCAUCAGCAUCCUUUACUCAGGCUUCUAACGUUUCCAAUUACUCAGGUCAGACGCUGCAGCCUAUCGGGGUGACUCACGUGCCUGUUGGAGCAUCGUUUGCGAGCAAUACAGUGGGCGUGCAACAUGGCUUUAUGCAACACGUGGGCAUCAGCGUGCCCGGCCAGCAUUUAUCCAAUAGCAGUCAGCUGAGUGGUUCUGGGCAGAUACAGUUAAUUGGGUCAUUUGGCAAUCAGCCUUCCAUGAUGACUAUUAAUAAUCUAGAUGGAUCGCAAAUCAUAUUAAAGGGCAGCGGGCAGCAAGCCCCAUCCAAUGUGAGUGGAGGACUUCUGGUACAUAGACAGACUCCCAAUGGCAACUCCUUAUUCGGGAACUCGAGUUCCAGCCCAGUAGCACAGCCCGUUACCGUCCCGUUUAACAGCACAAAUUUUCAGACGUCUUUACCCGUGCAUAACAUCAUCAUUCAGAGGGGUCUCGCACCAAAUUCAAAUAAAGUUCCCAUCAACAUCCAGCCAAAGCCUAUCCAGAUGGGCCAGCAGAAUACGUACAAUGUGAACAACCUGGGGAUACAGCAGCACCACGUGCAGCAAGGGAUCUCCUUCGCCUCUGCGGGCUCGCCCCAGGGCUCCGUCGCCGGUCCGCACAUGUCCGUGAACAUCGUAAACCCACAGAACACCAGGAAACCGGCCACCUCACAGCCCGCGAGCAGCGCUGCGGGGAGCAUCGUCAUCCACUCUCCAAUGGGCCAGUCUCACCCCCCGCAAAGUCAGUUCCUCGUACCCACAAGCCUUUCCGUCAGCUCCAACUCGGUACAUCACGUCCAGACCAUCAAUGGGCAACUUGUUCAGACUCAGUCGUCUCCGCUCAUUUCUGGCCAGGCGGCCUCAGAGCAUGUCAUGUUGAACAGAAACUCUUCCAACAUGCUCAGGACCAACCAGCCGUACUCCGGACAGAUGCUGAACAACCAGAACACCGUCCAGUUGGUGUCUGGGCAGACGUUCGCCCCCUCUGGAAGCCCGGUGAUAGUCAAUCACGCCUCCCCUCAGAUUGUCGGUGGACAGAUGCCCUUGCAGCAGGCAUCGCCAACCGUCUUACACCUGUCGCCUGGGCAGAGCGGCGUCUCCCAGGGCAGACCCGGCUUCCCCUCCAUGCCCUCCGUGACAAGCAUGUCAGGACCCAGUCGGUUCCCCGUUAGCUCCUCCAGCACUGUCCAUCCUAGCCUCGGGUCUGCGGUUCAGUCGGGUGCAUCAGGAUCAAACUUUGCGGGAGACCAGCUGACCCAGCCAAACAGGACUCCAGUCCCGGUCAGCGUGUCUCAUCGUCUUCCAGUUUCUUCUUCCAAACCUACCAGCACCUUCAGUAACGCGCCCGGAGCAGGGACCCAGCAGCAGUUCUUCUGUCAGGCUCAGAAGAAAUGUCUGAAUCAGACUUGCCCCAUUUCUGCUUCCAAGAUCCCCGACGGCCUGAGGCAAGCACAGAUUCCUGGGCUCCUGGGCACCGCACUGCCAGGGCAGGAUUCUGGAAGCAAAGUCAUAUCCGCGUCCUUAGGAACCGCACAACCUCAGCAGGAAAAAGUAGGAUCGUCUCCUGGCCAGCCAGCUGGGCAGGUGGAUGGUCAUUCUGGAGGACAGAAGAGGCCUGCCACAAAACAGCUGACUAAAGGGGCUUUCAUCCUCCAGCAGCUGCAGAGGGACCAAGCCCACGCCGUGACCCCCGACAAAAGUCAGUUCCGGUGCCUCAGCGACGCGGUGCAGAGGCUGCUCUCCUACCACGUGUGCCAGGGCUCCAUGCCCACCGAGGAGGACCUGAGGAAAGUCGACAAUGAAUUCGAAACAGUUGCCACUCAGCUCCUGAAAAGGACCCAAGCUAUGCUUAACAAGUACAGAUGCCUGCUCCUGGAGGAUGCCAUGCGGAUUAACCCCUCGGCUGAGAUGGUGAUGAUCGACAGAAUGUUCAACCAGGAGGAGAGGGCGUCUCUGUCCCGGGACAAGCGGCUGGCACUGGUGGACCCCGAGGGCUUUCAAGCCGAUUUCUGCUGCUCCUUCCAACCUGACAACGCUGCUCGCGAGCCGCCGUGUGGCCGGAGUGACCAGCACGGCAGCCACAGCGCCAGCUCGCUGCCCAAGGCCGGGAGCAGGGACCGAGCCCGGGCCGGCCCGGCGGAGCCCGUGAACCACGCCCCGGGCCAUCCAGUGCCUAACCACCUCGUGGUCUCCGCCGAGGGGAGCGUCUCCAGGAAGACGGAGUGCCUGGGCCCGGGCCAGCCGCGGGAUCCCGCCGCGGGCAGCGAGGGCGCCCCCGGCCCCGAGGGGCCCCGGAGAACCGCGGCCCGGCCCGACCCCGGCCCCGAGGGCAAGCUCUCGGGCCUCCCGGUGGACUCCCGGCUGGAGAUGGCGCGCAGCAACUCCUUCCCGGACAGGGCGCGCCGCAGCCCGCCCGAGCACGCGCGCUCGCCCACGGACGUCCUGAAGGGCUCCGGGGAGCCCCAGCCGGACCUGCAGCUCAGCCGGAGCCUGGAGACCACGUUCAAGAGCAUCCUGGAGCUCAAGGCGGCCGGCCGGCCGGCGCCCGGCAGCGGCGGCGGCGUGGAGCUGGGCUUCCCCGGCUUCUCCCCCAUGGCCGCGCAGGACCACUGCCUGGAGAAGCUGGCCCCGGACCACAGCCAGGGCGUCGUGGAGACGGACUCCAUUUUAGAAGCCGCUGUAAAUAGUAUCCUAGAGUGUUAA